AUGGGCUUCGUACCUCAAUUCCAGUAUUUUAAUACCAAAUUAGCAUUAACGUGCUCUCUUAUUGCCUUUUCAUCCUUCAAUUAUGGCUUCGACAAUCAAGGAUUCGCCACAAGCCAGGCCAUGGACGCCUUCACCCGCAGAUUUGGGGUCUUCAUCGCAAAGCAGGGAAAAUACGUCCUCGAGCCUUACUGGCUAUCAUUAUUCAAUAGCUUAAACUACAUUGGAUUCGCUGCCGGAGUAAUUAUUGGCAGCCUGAUCAGCAAGCGAUACGGCCGAAGGAUGUGUGUGUUCUGUAUGAGCUGCUACGCCUUGAUCACCGCGACGAUAGCGGUCACAUCGGCCAACAGAGAACAAAUAAUGGCCGCAAGGAUAUUGAACUAUUGUUACGUGGGCAUGGAACUGGCUGUGAUCCCGACAUAUCAGUCCGAGAUCGUGCCUUCGCAGGUACGCGGUUUCAUCGUAGGCACCUACCAACUAAGCCUGCUUACGGGAGGUCUUAUUGUCAACUCGAUUUGUCGGGGCACCAGCGAACUUAAGGACGAUCGGGCGUGGAGAAUUCCCUUGGGAAUGUUCUACGUCGUCCCUAGCAUUAUCCUCAGCCUGAUUUGGUUCGUCCCAGAGUCGCCACGGUGGCUAUUGUUGCAGGGCCACAACGAGGAUGCCAAGGCUAGUUUACAAAAACUACGUGAAGGAGCCUUUUCGCAGAAUGAUAUCGACAGCGAGUUCGAGGAGCUGAAGUACGCCCUUGAGAUGGAAGAAGAGAAGGGGAAAUUCUCACAGAUCUUCCGCGGCAACCACCUUAAACGGACCCUGCUUGUGAUUGUGGUCAAUUUCUUUCAGCAAGCUACGGGUCAAGCCUUUGCGUCUCAGUAUGGCACCAUCUAUGUCAAAUCACUUGGCACCAUCAAUGCUUUCAACUUCUCCCUCAUCCUGGCUGCAGUGAAUAUAACAGCCUGCACAAUGUGUCUAUUCAUGGUUGAUCGAGUAGGCAGGAAGCGUCUCUUACUCAUUGGCGCCGCCGUACAGUGCGCUGCUCUCAUGACAAUGGGUGGCCUCGGCACGCCAAAGCCUGUCACUCAUUCGUACAAGAUUGGCAUUGUCUCCAGCCUAGCUCUCAUGACGGCUGGCUUUUCUCUGGCUUGGGCGCCCUUGACCUACGUCGUGACCACAGAGCUGCCCACUCUUCGACUUCGGGAUCAUACUCUGCGCGUUGGGUUCGUAGUCAACGUUGUCAUGAACUUUGCUGUCAACUUUUCGAUCCCGUACCUCAUAUCUCCACAGUAUGCAGGUCUCGAUUCCAAAGUCGGUUUCAUCUUCGGCACGAUUGCUUUCCUGGCACUGAUCUUCACUUGGUUGUUCGUGCCUGAGUGUAAGGGAAAGUCACUCGAGCAGGUGGAUAUGAUGUUCAACUCAGGUGUACCGCUGAGAAACUUUGGCUCGUACCAGUUCCAGGGUCCAGUCACUGCAGGGGAGCAGAAGAACUUGAAUGUGAAGCAAAAUUUCCACGUGGCGGAGGCGCAGAAGAACUUUGACUCUUCUCAGCCGUAG